ACCUAAAGUGAUUCAUUCAUAUGGUUAGAAUUUAUUUUUGGUGGGAUGCUGGAUUUAUAAAGACAGAAAUCUGGAAAUGUUUUCCAGUUUCCUCUUGCUGAAUACGAAAGCUUAGCCCACGAAAGCUUAUGCCCAAAUAAAUUUGUUAGUCUCUAAGGUGCCACUAGUACUCCUUGUUGUUUUUGUUUUUGCUAGACACUGUUAUUCCAUUUUUCUACAGUGUCAUUAGAAGGAGGUGGUAGCUAAGGGAAGCAGGGAACAUAGGGAAGUCACUCUGAACUCUACACUUCAGUCUUCCUUCAGCUGUGGAGGUUACAUCCACUACAGAGCUAUUUUCUUCCAACAGAAGCAAAUUGGUUAACUCUGGCAAGUGAAGUUCAAGGCAUCUGAAAAACACCCCUGGACAGCACACGCAGAGAGAGCGGGGAGUAGUGGUGUGUGAGUUGGAGCACUGGGUUAUUGCCCACUUCUCAAUUACGUCUCUCUUUCAUGCAACGUAGCCAUACACUAUGGAGUUUCCUGAAAUGAUGCUGAGUGAAAAUUUUGACAACUAUUCCUAUCUCUAUGAGUAUGAGGAAGAUGAACCACCCCAGUCCUAUCUCAGUGUUGCACACAUCAUCUCUCUUUCCUUAUGCAGUGUGGCUUUUCUCCUGGGGGUACCAGGAAAUGCCAUAGUCAUCUGGUUUAUGGGGUUUAAAUGGGAUAAAUCAGUCAGUACCCUCUGGUUCCUCAACCUGGCCAUUGCAGACUUCAUCUUUGUUCUUUUCCUGCCUCUUUACAUUACGUAUGUGGCCAUGGGCUUCCAUUGGCCCUUUGGGAAAUGGCUCUGCAAGACUAACUCCUUCAUUGCUUUACUAAAUAUGUUUGCCAGUGUCUUCUUCCUGACCAUCAUCAGCCUUGACCGCUAUAUCCGCCUGGUACACCCAGUCUUUUCCAACAAAUAUCGGACCCUAAGGAACACCCUCAUUCUGAGUGUGAUUACUUGGAUUUCAGCUGCUAUUAUUGGUGCCCCUGCCUUACACUUCAGAGACAUAAUUACAGUUCACAACUCCACUAUUUGCUAUAACAACUUCCAUCCACAUGACAAAGAACUCAUUUUGAUGAGGCAUAAUAUUUUCAUUUGGGUGAGGCUUGUUUGUGGCUACCUCUUUCCCCUAGUGACCAUGGUCCUUUGUUACUCAUUUCUAGUUCUGAAGGUGAAGAAGAGAACCAUGCUGACUUCCAGCAGGCUUUUCUGGACCAUCCUUGCGGUAGUUGUAGCUUUUUUUGUUUGCUGGACCCCCUAUCACAUAUUUACCGUUCUGGAACUAUCUGCUCACCAUAAUGAACACUUCCAUGACUUGCUUCUCAGCGGUAUUCCCCUCUCUACUGGCCUGGCUUUCAUCAACAGCUGCCUCAAUCCAAUCCUCUAUGUUCUGAUUAGCAAGAAGUUCCAAACCCGUGUCAGGGCGACAGUUUCUGAGGCACUAAAACUUGCAGUCUGGGAGGUCAGCCGGUCUGCAACAGUCAGUGAACAACUGCGGAACUCUGACAACAGCAAUCCGGCUGUGCGGUAUUGUGAAACCACUCCGUGACCAGCUCUUAAAAGUCUUUCUCACUGCAUAUAACCAGCAGUAGAUUCACAGUCAAACAGAUGUGUAUCUUAGCUAUGAACAAGAACAGUGGGUUGAUUGCAAUCAAUUUAAUUCUGCACCCCAUGUUAGCUGGUAAUUUUUUUUUUUUUUUUUUUAAGGCUGCAGAAUUUGGAUAGGAUGCUAGUUUGAUGUAUAAAAGGCCUGAGUCAAAGCCCACUGCAAUCAGUGGGAUUUGGAUCAGAUAGAGGAACAUUCCCGCUAUUAAUCCUGUUGUGUAAAUUCCAGAAGAGGUGUUGAAAGUGACACCUUCUCAACAUAAUCAUAUAUAACAAAAAUAUUUCUUUGUUGAAUUAUGUAACACCUUAGAUCCAGGAGUUCUCAGCCUGAAGCUCACACGCAGCUGUCAGGGGUCAUGAUCCCACCACGCUUCCAAUAGCGCUAAAUAAGGAGAACUCCUGGUUAGAUCCCAGCUAGGUGGAAGGGGGAGGAGGCCCAGUCUGAGUAGAAAGGGGUUCCAAUAUAGAAAAGGGUCCCAAAUAUGGAAAAGGUUGAACAAGUGCUGUAGAUUAUUAACAACAACUUUCUAUUCACAUAAAAAUGAACAACCUUGUCCCCCCUUGCGCCAGCCCUUCUCUGAGGCCUUGAGUUUCCUGUUAGCUCAUGUAUACUCAGUAAAGGUAUAUUUUCAGCCAGCUUGAAUACAUGUAUGUACAAAACUAUACACACAUUCUUGCCUCAGUGUGUAAGAUUAGGGCUGUAACAUGGUUAUAACACCAUAUGGCCUUGUCUACACAAGUAAAGUUUACAGUGUAGAUGGGGCCCUAUAUAUAGAUUCCUGCAUAAUGUUCUUUUACACAAAAUAUUCUAUCACUUUGAACUAUAUUUGCACAAAUAUGAAUAGAUCAAUAUUGCCUACAGCCACAUUUUGGUCUGAGUUCAUUAGGCCUCAUGAGCUGAGCAGUGUUAGUACUGGAUCACCAGUACCAUCUCAGAAAUACACCUAAAUGCUACAAAAUAUGAUGUUGCUAAUUGGUUAGGUACCACUCUUUCCUGAGUCAUUACAGAACUAGUGCCUCAGCAAGGUGUUAUGAGCUUUGUGCUGCGGAAUAUGCCUCAACCAAAAGUUCUACCCUCUCUUCUUUAGAUUCCCUGGCAUUUUUUCCUAAGAGCAGGGUGUUAACCUUCUGCUGUUUUUGAAUACAGUAUUCUUCACUUCCUCUCCUCGGCAGAAAUGUACGGUUGCAGUCUGCUCUUAAAACAGCUCCUUUGUUCAACCCAAAGGGUUCUGGAAAAUAUAAUCCAAGUAUAGUCGAUUUCUCAAUCUCAGUGGUAAGGCACAUUGCAUCAAUUUUCUUUGACAGAGUAGUUGAAGGUCUUAUUUUGCAUAGUCAAAAGGGUUAGCAAAGAAGUCAGUAAAUAAUUUGAUUUUUUUUUUUAAAGCUGUGGAAUAUUCAAGAGAUCCAUGCUUAGUAUUGUUGGACUAUCAUCAUGGUUUAUUAGGAACAGCAGUUCAGUGACCCCUGGGACAGGAGGACAUAAACCAACAUGUAGCAAGUUUCUUGAGCUAAUAACAAUCCUGAAAUAGUUAUAAGAGAGGUACAGAUUUGAAGACAGCACAAGAAUGCCAGUUACUGCCACUGGAUAGGGAGAAAAGGACUGGCAACCUGCCCAAGUAAUUCACACCAAGGCCCAUGCAUCAUAACUACUGCAUGAGCCACCUCUACAGGAGGAACAGAAGACAUCUAAACAAAACCAAGGAAGACACAGCUCUCUGUUUCCUGAGGACAGUGAGAUUGAUGCUAAUGGAGUCUGGACACUGAUCAAAAUGGCAGAUGCUUACUCAAGUCACUGACUAUGGAAAAAUGGCAGGAGCAGCAACUGCCAGGUGCAGAUGGUGGAGCCAUCUCAGCAGCUAUACAGGCCCGUGCAGGAUGAGCUGUCAUGAGACGGGAAAGCGGCUGUUUGAUUGGAAAGCCAGCCUGAGAUGAAAGGAUGACAACGAUUGACAGAUGUCUGGAUAAGCAGAAGAACAGUCCUCUCAUCUGAUCAGCUGCUCUGCCAUUCCUAAGCAGUCUGUGAGGUUUAGUACUUGGAUUAGUUUGUGGCUGUUUCUUUUGCUGAUAUUAUAUGUGAUUUUUCAAUAAAGGGAAGCUGUAUAGUAAC